CCUGCCCUCCCCCUUUCCUCUCCCCUCCUUCCGGAUCGUCGUGCACCCGUCCCAUUUCUCCUUCUUGCCCCGUUCUCUUGGCACACCUCCCUCCCUCACAUCGGCUCGUCCUUCUGACAUGAAGCUCCGGCUGUCGCCGAGAAAGGUGAUAUCCGCGGCCGUCGGGCUAUGUCUGGUAAUUGCCCUCUACUCAACUGCUGAUCACACUGGUGGGCCGAGCAGUGCCAGCCAUGCGGUCACCCUCGCCGCUCGAUCCCUGGCUUCCGGCUCCGAAGCCUCCUCCAGCGCUGCACUGACAUGCCGCGACGUGGUUAACUUGCCGAACUCCUGCGAUCUGGUCAUGGAGUAUUGCAGUUCGGGCUCGUCGAUCUUCGACUAUUUCCACCUGCACUACUGUGCUUUGAGCAAUGCCGCAUGGUUCUCCAUCAUCAUCCAAGUCCUCUGGCUUCUCUAUCUCUUCGUGGCCCUGGGUGUGGCGGCUGAAAGCUUCUUCUGUCAGUCUCUCAACGUCAUCUCCAGCGACCUCAAGCUCUCCGAGAAUGUAGCUGGUGUCACCUUGCUUGCCUUUGGCAAUGGCGCCCCCGACAUUUUCAGCACACUGGUGGCUGCCCUUCGUGGCUCCUUCGAGCUCGCUUUCGGCGAGGUCCUCGGCGCUGGUGUCUUCAUCACUACCGUCGUUGUGGGUGGCAUUACCUUGGUUUCCGAAUUCCGCGUUACUCGCCGGCCGUUCCUCCGUGACGUCGGCAUGUACUUCAUCGCCCUGAUCAUUGUCAUGGUUGUCCUGUAUGAUGGCCAGCUGGAGCUGUGGGAGUCUCUCUUCCUGGUGGCCUGGUAUGUCAUUUACGCGGCCAUCGUCAUCAUUGGCCGCAAGAUCUAUCAGCAUCACAAGCGCCGGAAGGCCAUCGCCGCUCAGGAGACCAAUGGCCAGGCCAGCAUGUCAGCUUCCUCCUCAACCGAAGAUCUGGCCCAGAAGCAGGCUCCCCUGAUGUCCACCACUUCCCUCGACAAUCCCUACCUCCAGGACCCGGAGUCCUUCAUGCCCGUGAUGUCGUCCUCUUCCUCCUCCCCGCCACCACCAUCGCUCCCUCCCCCGACCGAGCCCCUGUCGCUGGAUGGCAACACCACCUCGUUCAUGAUCCCGGCCAUCGUUGUGUCCAGCUCGCCGCCAAGUGCACCGGCUUCCACCGACCCGCAUCCCGGCUACCAUCACCUCCCUGCCCCUGUGUCGCCGUCCUCCGGUUUCAAGAACAAUCUCUCGGGCCGGCCGCGUGUUCGCUCCAUCACGGCCGCUCUGCAACUGGCAUCAGCUGCCUCGCAGCGCCAGCAGGACUACCUUGUCCAUGAGAAGCUCGCUGAUCGCGAAGCCAAUGGCACAUACUCCUCCCUGCCGGGGCCGGGUGGCCCGGCCGACAGCGCCCCCGGCGCCUACUCCUACGGGCCAGGAGGCAUCUAUGAUCCUCCCCUCAGCCCGUCAUCGGUCAUUUCACGCGGCUGGUCCUCCGCCGCUGGCACUGGAGCUCUAUCACCAGCGCGGAUCCGCUCUCGCCGGGGCAGCAUCUCCGCUCGACUGUCGCCCAUCCUCGAGGCGCCAAUUUCGUGUCCCCCCUCGCCGACGGCCCUCUCGGCCCCUGCCACGCCGAGCCUCUCGCAGCACACCACCAGCCACCCCACCAUGCCUGGUGUGGCCUCGCUACCGGGCGGCAUCGGCCCGAGCACCCAUGGGGAUGUCUCCUCCCCGCACACCGGGCCGACGAUUCCGCCCCCGGCCUCCGGGCUCCCUUCCGAUACCUCGACUUGGAUUGCCCCGGCGCCGGUGGUUCACUUUGCCCCGGCCGACGAUGGCCCCACCGUGCCGGAUGCCAAUGCGGAUCCCCAUUUUUCGGAGCUCCACCCCGAUUCGGCGCAGCAGCUCCGCGAGCGCGUGCGCAGUUUCAUCCGCCUCAUCUUCCCGCUGUAUGCCAACUGGAAGGAUAUGACCAUGUUGGCUCGUGUGGCGGCCAUCAUCUCGGCCCCGGUUCACUUGCUCUUUGUCGUGACCAUCCCCCUAUGCGAGCUGCUGGAGGAGGAGGAGGAGGAGCUGCUGGCCGAGCUGCCGGCGCCCGAUCUCGGUCCGGUGCCCAGUGGCGAGGUGGUGCCCUUGGCGGGCCCGGCCGGACAGCGGGCUGUCCGAUCCCUGUCAGUCGACUGCCUGUCCGCUGAUGGGACCCCGGGCCUGCGGAUUCCCAGUGCUGCCGGGGCCCGGCGCGGGUCCAUGGUGUCGGUCGGGUCGGAGUUCACCUUCGACACGCAGCCCAUCAUCUGCCCCAAGGAACUCGAGGCUCUGAACAUCCAGGGCGAGGGUCUUUCAUCGAUGCUUGGCUCUGACGCCGACGGAGAUGCCGGCGAGGAUGACAACACCCCCCAGCCGCCGUACAAUCACAUCCUCCUGUCGCUGAACUGUCUCCUGGCUCCGACCUUCUUCACCAUUGGCAUCGGCAUCCAGAGCAUCCCGAUUGGCACUCCAAACUUCCCGCUCGCGCUACUGGUCUUCCUUCUGUCCAUCCCCCUUGCGGCUGCCUGCUUCUGGUUCGUCCCUCGGCGAAACCCCUCCUGGUACAACUUCCUUGCUUGGCCCGCCUUUCUCAUCUCCAUUGUCUGGAUCUACCUCAUCGCCAAUGAGCUGGUGGCCCUGCUCCAGACUCUUGGCGUGGUCAUCGGCAUCAGUGACACCCUGCUGGGACUGACGGUCCUUGCAUGGGGCAACAGUGUCGGCGAUCUGGUGGCCAACGUCGCCAUGGCUCGCAUGGGCCACGCGCAGAUGGCCGCCAGCGCCAGCUACGCCGGGCCCAUGCUCAACAUGCUGCUUGGUGUCGGCAUUGCCUGUACCUUCCUGAUCGCCACCACCGGCGAGCCGUACCAGGUCGGCAUGAACGUCCACCUGCUCACUUCCCUGCUGACGCUCUUCGUGGUCCUGAUCAUCACCACCAUCUAUGUGGUGUAUCGGGGCUUCCGCUUUGAGCGUCUGCUCGGGUGGGUGCUGGUUGGGCUGUUUGUCAUUUCCACCGUCGCCAACGUGACCCUGGCCCUCGUGUGA